CUGGAAAGAUGGGAAGUUCUGGGUGGUGUAGACACCUUGCGUCCCUGAAAGGGGCGGUUAGGUAAAGCUUGAGUCACGUGACCUAACCACUCUGGGCAGACGCAGCACUGAGAACCCCGAGUUGGGCAGGUGCGCCCCCAGAAUCCAAAGAACAAGGCGGGGCGUGCUGUUGACAAGCAGCCAGGGCCCCGCCCCGCACAUGCGCGCCACCGCAGGGCGCUCGCCCCGCCCACCACAAGGGGCCGCCGUGGCUCCCGCCCGCCUAGGCCCGGGUCUCCCUUUCCCGCCGCUUCACUCGGGCCCAAAAUGGCGGCUGCGGCGCUGCUCCGGAGCGCCUUUCGGGAACUCAGCAGCACAGCCUGCGGCUGGCGACUACGCGCGGCCCUAAGGCGCCGACUAAUCCACAGCCCCAGCCAUCGUGGCGCUGACUCCGCAGAGAGCGCAGCGUGGACCUGCUUCCCUCUGGGCGACCGCGCCUUGGUGCGCGUGCGCGGGCCGGACUCGGCGCCCUUCCUCCUGGGGUUACUGACCAAUGAACUGCCGCUUCCGGGUCCUGUAGCCGGCGUGUCUAAGCCCCCGGCGCGCGCGGGCUACGCCCACUUCCUCAAUGUUCAGGGGCGCACGCUCUAUGACGUCAUCCUGUACGGGCUCCCAGUGUGCACAGAUGAGGCGCCCACCUUCCUCCUGGAGUGUGAUGCUUCUGCGCUGGGUGCGCUGCAGAAACACCUGGCCCUGUAUAAGAUCCGACGGAAGGUGACUGUGGAGCCCAGUUCUGAGCUACAUGUUUGGGCCCUGCUGCCCAGUACCUCCGGGGCCAGCGAGGCUGAGCCACUGCUGCAGGCGAAGGCUGAGGGUGCUGCCGUCCUCACCCGAGAUCCUCGGACAGCCUGCAUGGGCUGGCGACUCCUCACCCGGGACGAGGACCCAGCCCUAAUGCCUGGGGGCCGGCUUGGGGACCCCCAAGAUUAUCAUAGGCACCGGUACCAGCAAGGCAUUCCUGAAGGCAUCUGUGACCUGCCCCCGGGGGUGGCCCUGCCCCUGGAGUCCAACCUGGCCUUCAUGCACGGCGUUAGCUUCACUAAGGGCUGCUACAUUGGCCAGGAGCUGACGGCUCGCACCCACCACAUGGGCGUCAUCCGCAAGCGCCUCUUCCCGGUGCGGCUGGCAGGCCCCCUCCCUGCCAGUGGCAUCGCGCCCGGCUCCCCAGUGCUCACUGAGUCAGGAAAGGUGGCGGGCAAGUACAGGGCAGGCCAGGGGGACGUGGGGCUAGCACUGCUGCGGUCAGAGAAGAUCAAGUGCCCUCUCCACAUUAGAACCUCUGACAGUGGCCAGGUGGCCGUCACUGCAUCUGUGCCGGACUGGUGGCCCACAGCCACCAAGUAGCCCUGAGUGUCCCUCCUCCUGCAGGCCCUGGAACUGUUGGGGUGCUGUGGAGGGUCCCUAGUCAUCCUCUGUGUCCUGAGGGCCUGCCCCUACUACCUUGUGUUUCUGUUGAAUGCACAACACCCUCGGAAGGCCUCCAAGGGGUUUCCAGUCUAACGGGCUUCCUGAGAGGGUCUCACACACCCUGUGCACUGCCCCCUCCCAGUGACCCUAUAAACUGGAGUGGCAAGAGCUCUCCCUGGCAUUGUGGGCAGGAAAAGCGGCCUCUUCAUGCUCCUCUGUCUGAGCUGGGCCUCAGACCCCAGAGGAGGUGACACUGCGUGCUGGUCCAGAGGGCCUUGUCUCCAUCCCAAAGUCAGGAAUGAGAAAUUGAACCUUGCCCCCUCCCCUGCAAGCUGCUGGAUGUGGGCCUGAGAACUGUCUCAACUGGUGUACGUAGGACACAUCUCAUAAUUUUAGCUCCCCAGUGGCCUUGACAGCCCUCGGUGAGGGAGCUUCCACUGAAGGGUUGUUGCUCCCACUCGAUGCCAUGAUGUCUCCUGCACCACUGACUGCUUGGGGGUGGCCCACAUGACACCACUGGCCACUAUUAAAGCUUGGCCCACCAGU